AGCCCAACCUGGGUGAGGAUGAUGAGGACAAAGACAUGGAGCCCGGCCCCUCGGGCACCUCCAAGGCCUGCGCCCAGGGCGGGGCCCAGUCGGACACUGACAUCACAGCGGAAUUCCUGCAGCCCCUGCUGACACCCGACAACGUGGCCAACCUGGUGCUCAUCAGCAUGGUGUACCUCCCCGAGGCCAUGCCAGCCUCCUUCCAGGCCAUCUACACCCCCGUGGAGUCGGCCGGCACGGACGCCCAGAUCAAGCAUUUGGCCCGGCUCAUGGCCACCCAGAUGACUGCGGCCGGCCUGGGGCCAGGUGUGGAGCAGACGAAGCACUCCAAGGAGGAACCCAAGGAGGAGAAGAUGGCAAAGCCAGAAAGCGUCCUCAUCAAGCGGCGUAUGUCAGCGCUAGGCCAGGGCCAGGCCAUUUCCGUGGUAGGGGCUCUGAGUCCUGUGUGCACCCUGGAGGAGGAAGCCCCCCAGGCCAAGAGGAGACCUGAGCCGAUCAUCCCUGCUACACAGCCUCGGCUGGCCGGUGUGGGUGGCCGCAAGAAGAUCUUCCGCCUAAGCGACGUCGUGAAACCCAUGACGGAUGCCCAGAUUGAGAGCAUGAAGCUGGGGGCCGUGAGGCGCAUCCUGAGGGCCGAGAAGUCCGUGGCCUGCAGCGGGGCGGCCCAGGUCCGAGUGAAGAUCCUCGCCAGGCUGGUGACUCAGUUCGAGGUGGGCCUGAAGGAGGAGGUCCUCACCUUCAUUCUGGAGGACAUUCGGGGCCGCCUGGACCUGGCCUUUGCCUGGCUCUACCAGGAAUACAGUGCCUACCUGAGCGCCGGGCCCUCGGGGACCCUGGACAAGUACGACGAGUGCCUCAUCCGCCUGCUCUCGGGCCUGCAGGAAAAGCCUGACCAGAAGGAUGGGAUCUUCACCAAGGUGGUGCUGGAGGCCCCACUCAUCACCGAGAGCGCCCUGGAAGUGGUUCGGAAGUACUGUGAGGAUGAGAGCCGUGCAUACCUGGGCAUGUCCACCCUCCGCGACCUGAUCUUCAAGCGCCCGGCGCGCCAGUUCCAGUAUCUCCACGUCCUCCUGGACCUCAGCUCCCACGAGAAGGACAAGGUGCGGUCCCAGGCCCUCCUCUUCAUCAAGCGGAUGUACGAGAAGGAACAGCUUCGGGCCUAUGUGGAGAAGUUCGCCCUCAACUACCUGCAGCUGCUCGUGCACCCCAACCCACCCUCUGUGCUCUUUGGGGCGGACAAGGACACAGAGGUGGCAGCCCCCUGGACCGAGGAGACGGUGAAGCAGUGUCUCUACCUCUACCUGGCCCUGCUGCCCCAGAACCACAAGCUGAUUCACGAGCUGGCGGCCGUCUACACCGAGGCCAUCGCCGACAUCAAGAGGACAGUGCUGCGGGUCAUCGAGCAGCCGAUCCGUGGGAUGGGCAUGAACUCCCCAGAGCUGCUCCUACUGGUGGAAAACUGCCCCAAGGGGGCCGAGACGCUGGUCACCCGCUGCCUGCACAGCCUCACAGACAAAGGUACCCCCCCCUUCAGCAGACACCUGGAGGCUCCACACAGGCCCCUUCUGGGCACUGACCAGCACUUGUAA